AUGUUUUCAUUACCUAGCUCAAGUGGCUUCCAAGACUACCUCCGUCGAGUUCCAUCAGCGGUCGAACUUAACGAGGGAACAGAUACGGUUCACGGGGAGAACACCGUUUCGACAGGUGGGUAUGGAAGAUCUAGUGAAGAACGAGAGAUAGACAAAGACCAAAUCCUCCUCGAAGCCGACGAAUUCGUUACCGAAUAUCAUCUGGAAGAGAUUCGGGAUUUAAUAAAGAAUGGAGCUCUACUGUAUCACAACCCCAAUGAUCCGACGGUCAUUGGGAGCUUGACUCCGGAAGAACAUAUGAUUCUGUACCAGUCGGCAAAGGAGGAAUCUGAUGAUCAAUGCUCUAGUAUGUCUUUUCUGAACGUUAUUCCUAUUGAGGUGAAUCUGUUAGCUGGUACUUCGAUGGGCAUCCUAGGGUGCACUGUCCCGCUUUACCUCGCCGAGGCAAGCGUCUCGUCCUCUCGCGGCUUCAUGAUCGCUUCCUGGAAUUUGUUGAUGGUGCUUUUUGAAGCUCUUAGCAACUGUGGAAGGCUAAUAGUAUUCAUCACGCGUACCAACACCAACCUUGACAUAGGGAUCAUAAUAAUUGUGCCCUCUGCAUUCAUUAUCAUGGCUCAAGCAUUGGUUAAUGCAGCACCAGAGUCCCCGUACUGGUGUGUAUAUAACGGAAGAAUGCAGGAAGCCUUCCAGUCCUUAUACUUUUCUCGAAAAGUCAAAGUCAUGGCUGCCCGCGAUCUCUGGCAAAUUUAUCUUGCCGACGUGCAUGCAAUGCACCGAGGUAGCUCUCAGUAUCCAUCCUCUGUUUUCCAGCUCACGACGCUGGCUGCCAAUCCCCAGCUAAGGAGGGCCAUUGUGGCAGUUGCUGCGAUAAUACUUAGUCGAAACCUGUCGGCAUACGAAGUUGCGUGGGGUCACCUUUAUGAUUAUGCGAUGGGUGAAACCACGGACAUGUUGCACACAGUUUACACAGCUGAGGUCUUUCCAACGCGAUACAAUGAUAUUUGCAUGGCAAUCGCCAUGUCAAUCAAUCAUGGAAGCCUUGCAUUGGUUGAAAUUGGCUAUUUUUACCGCGAACGAACCAAGUUCUUCCCUUCUCAACAGGGUCUUUCGAUUCCGCUCUUUGUGUCUUUUAUUUUGGUAUGGCUUGUUAUGAGAGAGACCAAGAGAAUUUCUUUGGAGGAUGUUGGCCACAUCUUCGAUACUCCCACGAGGAACCUCAUUUUAUACCGCGUUAAUGUGCAUUUGCCAUAUUUAUUCAAGCGGUAUAUCUUGUUCAAAGAUGUGGAACUUACGCCUUUAGAGGAUUCCCGGUACCGGUUUGCCGCUGUCACUCUGGAUGAUACGGAAGCCCUAUCCGCAGGCGCAUCUUUUGAGGGAGAAUCGGAUUGA